UGCACCCGCUUCACGACUCGUCUGAUGAUCGCAGAUUUGUUUUUGUCUGGGUUGCAUUGAUGAGACGAAACCAAACAACCGGCUGGCGAUUUGGCAUUGCAAAUGAUGAUAUGCUCAGCAAGACCACAGAUGGAGGGUCCAAGCAGGUAGGAACAAGGACUGGAAAGACUGACAGAAAACAUGCAAGACUGAACUAAGCAUAAGCUAGUGCCUUCUAGAACCUUGACUAACACAAACCAGCAUGCAACCAAACCCAAAAAAACAGCAAACAACAGACCAACCAACUACCUAGCCUCGAUGUGCUCCGUCUGUUUCUUCCUCGCAUCCUCCUCCUCGGCCAGCUGCUGCUCCUUUUGCACAAUCAUGUCUUGCACAUCGUGGCGCACCUUCUCCUCCUCGGUCGGGUACGCAUGACGCCACAUGGUCCAGAUGCUCCUCUGGAACAGGUCGUCCAUGGACUCUAUACUCCUGCCCUUGAGCUCGGGCAGGCAAAAGUACACAAACACGACGCCAAUGUAGGUGAGCAUGGCGUAGAUCAAAAACGUCCCGUAGCCAAGCUGCGUCAUCAUGGUGGGAGUCGCCAGCGUGAUGCCGUAGUCGACGAUCCAGUUGACAAACAGACAGAUGCCCAUGCACACGGAGCGGAUGCGCGGCGGGAAGAUCUCGGCCGCCACCACGUACGGCGCGACCGAGUGUCCAAACGACCACCCAAAGGCAUAGAUGUAGAUCCAGAUGAUGCCCACGAUGCCGCCGGCCGGCGUACCACCGCCGCUGCCACCCUGGGAGAUGCCGCCGCUGCCCUCGGCGAACCGAAUGUACAGCGCCAGGUACAGCAUGGCCGUGGCUUGCAUUGUCGCGCCGACCAUGAGCGGCAGCCUGCGGCCAACGCGGUCGACAAUGACGGUGACGUAGACGAGGGUCGUGAACAUCUUGACCAAGCCAUACACGCCUGUGGUGAGCAGACUGGAAGAGCCGGACGGGACGCCGAUCAUGUUGAAGAUGUCGGGAGCAAAGUAGUUGAGGCUGUCGGUGCCCGUGAACUUGUGGAACAGGAACAGCAUGACGGCCAAGAAGAAGCGUCGCCGGUUGCUGGCGUUGGUGAUGACGUCCUUGGCCACGACGAGGUAGUUGUUUCCGACGGCGUACUCUUGCUCCGCGUCGACCUGAGCGCAGAUCUCCAUGUAUUCACGGGCCACAUAGGGGUGCUCGGCGGGGAGGCCUCGGAGGGCGGUGAUGUUUUUGAGGCCGAGGUCUUUUUUACCACGCGAGAUGAGGGCGCGAGGGCUUUCGAGGACAACUGUUUGUGAGUGUUAGCAGACAUUCGGUGAAAGGAUAUGCUCGCAAGAGGUCAAGUGGCCAAGUGGCGACUUACAAAAUGUCAAGAUGAACAAAGCCGCCCCUGGAAUCAUCUGGAUGCCCAAAGCCAACCGCCAGCCAGUAUUGUCGAGCUUGUUUGUCGCCCAGAUGGACACGCCAUAGUUGACCCAAAAGGCCAACGCCAGGCACGUCACAAUCAUGAGGUUGUACGUCGUCGUCAGGGAUCCUCGGAUGGACUUUGGUGCCACCUCGGCCAGGUAUUGUGGUGCCAGCAUGGACGUCAUGCCGAUGGCGAUUCCGGAAAAUAAGCGACCGGCGUAAAAUACGCCCAGGUCGGCCACUUCCUGGAACGCACAGCCCAGGAGGAAGAUACCGGCCGAGACGAGGACGGCAUAUUUGCGACCGAGGUAGUCGGAUGCCGGUGCACCGAGGAGGGCACCACCGGCACCCCCUGCUGCUACCAUUGCUGCUAUGUUUCCGGCUGUGGCUUCAGACAGUACAUCUAGGCCAAAAGCAUGCCUGAAAGCGGCCAGCUUCAAAACACCGCCAAUGUUGCCAGUAUCAAAGCCAUAAGCGCAGCCGGCAAAUGCGACAGUGACGCUGACAAGGGCGAGUUGUCUGUUGAAGAUCUCCUUGGGGUCACUCUUCCAAUCAGGGGAAGCCCACAAUGAAGUGCCUCCUCCCAUCUUGAGAAAAUCCAAAGAAAUAUACUCGUCGGGGAAUAAUACAACCAAGAAAGUUUAAUUGGAAAGCCAAGAGGUGACAAGGCUGAAGCCAAGAGCAAUUCCGAGUCGUCAAGGCGAGAAUGGAAAGUCAAGAGCUUGGCCGGUAGGGUUGGGUUGGCUCGCCAAGGGACUGGGCGUUCAGCUAACCUUUUUUAUAUCAAAUCAUCCUCCCCUUUUACAUUUUACAACAACCGGUGUGGUACUGGUGUACGCAACCUCCCACAUUUCCUUUUUACGUGGAGACUGGGGAUUCUAUGGGGAAUCAGCAGGACACCUAGCCAGUCAAGCCAAUGUGCAACCAAUGUGGGACUCCAUGUUUUGGUUCUUCGUCUCCAGCCUAUUGUUGGGUGCGCUAUACCCAGGUCCACAUCACAGCAGGUUGGGGUUGAGGGGGGUUCAGGACUGAUUCCCGGGGCAAUCCAGGAACUUCCCUGUUCUCUCCACACGAAUUAAGACUGGGGAUUUUUUUGGGUUGCAAACUGAGAAAUGUUCUUUGGUUUCCUGCUUAACGUUGGCGGCCGUGAGAUCCGGCCGACGCUAAUGUUACAAUUUGAUGCUCUAGCGUCUCAUCAAACAACUGUUUAUUAUGUGCGCACAUUGACUAGCAAGCCGAGAAUCCACUUGUUUUGAUUCCCUGCCAAGGCGAAAUUGGAGCAAAUCUCGGAGAAGCGAUUCAGCAAAAAGAAAAGGAAAGAACGGCGAGAAGCCCGAAGAGCAGGGGAGAAGUGCAACCUCCGCACACACCCCACAUCCAGCGACCAUGGGCGGUGCGGGGAAAUACGCUGUUCAUGGAUGUUGGGGUAUGGUAUGACAUGACGAUAGAGGAAUAGUCUUUUUAUCCUACUAUUCGCAUGCCGGAAAUCCAUUUUGCAUCCAGAGGAGAACCCCUUGACUUGUCUUGUCUACCCAAGGUACCUUGCCUAGCAAGUCAACUUCUUUCCUCGUUUUUGUCAUUGGAGUUAAUCCCGCCAUCUCCAACACACAACCACCCCGGCCUCACACAUCCACCACAAUGGCCUCCGCUGUCGACUUCCACGCGGACCUCCGCGUCACCAGCACGGCGCCACCGCGUACAGAGGCCUACAUCCCCGCCUCGACCAUCCAAGUCCACGCAUCAAACCUCCUCCUCCUGCCGUCGGGCGAGCUGUUAUGCGCCUGGUUCGGCGGCUCCAUGGAGGGCAUCUCAGACAUCUACAUCUGGCUCUCGCGCCUCGCGCCGGGCGCCAAGGAGUGGACCAGUCCUCUGCAGGUCUCCAAGGACCCGGGGCGCAGCGAGCAGAACCCGGUGCUCUUCCUCGACGAGAGGUCCGGCAACCUCUGGUGCAUCUACACGGCGCAGGAGCACGGGGCCCAGAACAAGUGUCUCGUCAGGCGGCGCAUAUCCAGCGACCUCGGCAAGACCUGGGGCGAGGCCGAGGAGCUGUUCUCCGACCGCGGCAUCUUUGUCCGGCAGCCCAUCGUCGUCCUCAAGGACAAGAACGGCCCCGGCAAGGACGUCUGGGUCUUGCCCGUCUUCCACUGCCGCGCCGAGGAGGGCGUAGAGUGGGUGGGCAACGACGACGUGUCGGCCGUGCGGUACUCUGAAGACUCGGGCAAGACGUGGAAGGAGAGCAUGGUCCCGGAGUCGCGCGGUGCCGUCCACAUGAACAUCCGCCCGGACCCGUCCAACCCUGGCAAGUUUGUCGGCGUGUACCGCAGCCGCUGGGCCGACAACAUCUACCUGUCGCGGUCAGACGACUGCAUCAACUGGACCAAGCCCGAGCCGACGGAGCUGCCCAACCCCAACUCGGGCAUCUGCCUGGGCGUCCUGCCGAAAUCCGGCAAGCUGGCCAUGGUAUACAACGACUCGCGAGCCACGCCCGACAUGGUGCAGCGCACAGGACUGUACGACGACAUCGAGACGGACGGACCCAAGCUCAAGAAGCAGGCCGUCAUUGGCGACAAGGCCGCCAUCUGGGGCACGCCGAGGAGCAGGAUGACACUGGCGUUGUCGAGCGACGGUGGCCGCACGUGGCCCGAGAAGCGGUUGCUGGAGGAGGGCGAUGGCUUCUGUCUCACAAACAACUCCAAGGAAAAGUUGAACAGGGAGCUGAGCUACCCGAGCAUCUUUGUGGCGGAUGAUGAGACUAUGCACAUUGCCUUUACUUUCUGGAGGCAAAGGAUCAAGUAUGUCAAGGUUACAGCGGACUGGCUCAAGGGCUAGAUUAGAAUUAAUUUACCAAAAUAAAAUGAUGUGAUCGAGAUAAAAUAACCGAAAUUAC